UUUCAUAUGAACUUGGUUAGGCGCCACCUUGAAAUCCUGCUACUCUUGAGCAGCAACGCCGUCGAAGUGCGAUUUUCCGCUUCUGGGCACUUCACUUGGGCUCACUGCGGAUUCUAAGAAACGUUAGCGCAAUUUUUUUUCGCACAACGUAAGACUUGCCAUAUAUUAUUGCAUAGGCAUUAAACGCCACUUCUGAGGAAGAUCUGCAGAGAGAACCGUGCAAAUCCGGCCAGCCAAUGCAGCUUUUCUACUGGAAUCAUGGACACUGCAGGAAGUAUUAAACGCGCGAUGGGGUGUCGGGCGUUAUUUCGGAUUAACUAACGCCGAGUAAGGAGCGAGAAGCGAGGGAAUAAUGUUGCCUGCGUCGGCCAGCGCGGUGGGGGACAAGCGGCAACCGGCUGCAGCUACGACUUCCUAGGGCAGCCGAUGGGUGAAAAGCCCAAAGGCAGUCGCCAGCCGCAGCGCAGGUGCUGGGAAUCUCGCUCCUGGCUGUCUUCCGAGAGCGCCGAGCAGCGCUAAGAAAGGCGGGAAGACGCCUGCGGUGCUGGGGCGGCCCUUAGCGGCGAGAGCGAGGAGCUGCGGGCGGAUCACUUCCCUGCAGGGCCAGGGAGUCAUGGAGGAGGCGGAGGAGGCCGGCGCAGGGCCCAGGCGCCGCCGCCGCCGCCGCUCGGGCGGCCGCAGCAGCUCGGAGCGCUCGCCCAGCCCCGGGCGCCUGGACGUGAGUUCGCCGCGCUUCGACCCGUUGCUGGCGCUCUACUCGGAGCGCACGCCGCUGCCUUACCCGGCCGCGCCGCACUUCAACAACCUGGCCGAAUACGAGAGCUUCCAGCGCGGCCUGCUCCGCGCUCCGGGACGUCAGCGAGGGGCCGCCGGCCGCGGCAGCCGCCCAGCGGGGACCCGCGCCCGGAGCCGAGGCUCCCGGGCCCCCGCCGACCCCGAGCGCAUCCAGCGUCUCCGCAGCCUCAUGGUGGCCAAGGAGCCCGAGCGAGAAGAGGCCGAGCGGGCCAGGCAGCAGCGGGGCAGGAGGGCGCCUCGCAACGUGCUCACCAGGAUGCCCGUUCACGAAGGCAGUCCACUUGGGGAGCUUCACCGAUGCGUGCGUGAUGGUGUAAAAGUCAACGUCCACGUCCGAACGUUCAAAGGACUUCGUGGAGUCUGCAGUGGGUUCUUGGUUGCAUUUGACAAGUUCUGGAAUAUGGCCCUGACAGACGUAGAUGAGACGUAUCGAAAACCUGUGCUGGGUAAAGCUUUCUAUGUAGAGCCACAGUUGACUCUCACCAGGCUGUUUGACAGACUCAAGCUGCAAGAGUCCCUGGUUAAAAAGGAUGUUUCAAAGAUGGCUGCUGAUCUGCCAGCUCUUCCAUGUGAUCCUAGGACACUUCGGUGGAAGUCCGAGUCAGGUCGGAGGAGGUCAGAAGAACGAGGGGCAAAGAAGCGCUCGAGCAAAGAGAGGACACGGAGCUCUAGCCUGCCUCGAACUUAUGGGAAAGAGAUUGAGCUGUCUGGCAGAAUCUCCCAAACAGAGGGGACGAGUGCAGGUAGCACAAGAGGUCGAUCACGGAAAAAGCGGAGGCCCAAAGUGGAUUACCAGCAAGUUUUCACACGGCACAUAAACCAGAUUUUUAUUCGGGGGGAGAAUGUCUUGCUUGUUCAUCUAGCCCAUUGAUCUGAUUGCCAUUACUCAGCCAGCAGCAUGAAGAGUGGUGGCAGCUGCAUGCUACUUUGUGAAUUGUUUUGUAACUUCUUCUCUUCCUCUGACUAAAAGGGAAGAAGGCAAGAGCAUCUUGAGCCAGCUACCAGCUUGUUUGGACUAAAAUUUGGCCAAGUAAGCUGCUGUCUUCACAAAGAGACAGAUCUCCUAAGUCCUUGAACUGUGGAACUUCCAGAAUUUGUGGGGCAAGUAUUGCUGUAUAUUAAAAACCCAUGUGGUCUGAAAGUAGCUCUGUUUUUGCUACGUGGCUGCAAAAGAAGCAGAGUGUGCCAUUGACCUUGGUACUUCAUUGUGGAAUGCUAGUAAUUUGAAAUCAUAGAAAAGCACGUUUAUAAAAAAUGGCAAUGGAAUUCAGAGCGUGUGAAAAGGAGGAAUGGCUUUAGGUAUGGACUUGUUUGGAUCUCAUCUCUCCCUCCUCCUAAUAGCAUGCAUGGGUAGGGGAGGUAUUCCAGAGUUGAAUCACAGUGCCCUCUGGUGUCCAAGCUUGUGUCUUGAACAAAAAGGGAAUGGAAACUGAAUCAAGUGGUUAUUUGCUGAUGGGAUGCCUUUUCUCUCUAACUCAUUUGUGAUCAAAGGCAGUAUUUGGCCUUUUCUUCAGUAUUUACACAGCCUAUGCUCUUAAAACCAUCUUCCCCUGCUUCCCCCCCACCCACCCUGUGCCACCAGCAAACAGUGAAUGUAGCUAACUAUGUAACUUCUCUACCUGGAGCUUGUCUAAAUGUAUGUAUUGUAAAAUGGGUUGGAACAACCCAGAAAUGGCAAUCCAGGUUUUUUUUAAUUGUUCAUUUCAUCCAUUUGUGUGUUGCAGCGGUAAAGACUUAAGGUGAUGUACAUAAGUUGCUUAAAAUAGAGAAGAUGGUGUUUUAUGCUUAGGCACAGUUAUACAUUAUAGAAGUGGCUGAUUUCCCUGAUGGUGAUUGAAGAGAAUAAUUUGCUUGUGAUACCUGCAAGCGUAGUCCUGAUUGCUUCUAGGUUCUGAAUGACAUGCCUCUAAUGCUAGUUUGAUUGUUCCUGAGAAGCAUGUUUUAAGACUACUGAAAAGUAUGCAUGGUGAUUAUUUAGAAAAUCAGUAUUAUUAACUGUUUUCCCCCUUAUGAUUCAGUAAUCAUCAGAAGAAGCUGUGCAACAUGUUGUAACAAUACAUAUAUAUAAAGUGUCUGCCAAGAGAGAUUUUAUGGUGCUGUAUAAUAGUGCCCUCUGUUUACAGUGAGUGUGUGUAUGUAGCACUCCAAUAGCUGGACUUUGCUGCCAUAGCUUGUGUUGGAAUGCAAUCACUAUUGUAUUGGGAGGCAUUUUAAAAGUCUCUGUAGAAUUAUUAAGCUCAAAAACACAGAUUCCUAACUCAAAACAUAUAGGUUACAUUUUGUAAGUCAGUUCUGAUUUUCUAGGAAUAGCCUAGCAAUCUUCUAAUGAUUGGCGUUUUCCACCAUCGAUAGUAACGCUGAGACAAUUGCAUGUAGUUUGUGAUUAUUAUUUUUUCAGGCUUAAAAAAAAAUUCAUGGGUGGAGCUCAGUUUCUUUCCUCUUAUUUCUCUAUCCAGUUAUGGGCUGCAAAAUGGGCUGGGUAGGCUCUCCUAAGUUUCAAGGUGGGGAGGGCAGAUGAUUGUUCCAACUUUUGUGUUUGGAGGCAACCAUUUCCCCCCCACUCAGUGCCUUGAAAUUUGCAGAGUCAUGGCAUCAUGUGGGAUUCACAGGAUCUUUUUGUAGAAAGAAAGAAAGAAAGAAAGAAAGAAAGAAAGAAAGAAAGAAAGAAAGAAAAUCUUCUGCUGCUAAUGAUGAGCCCUCUCCCAAAUCAUCUGGAGAAUUAUUCCCCUUCAGAAAAUAUUUGGUGAAGUGGCCCCAAUUUCGAGGAGCUCUGAAUGUCAUGCUCACCCCUGAAAACCGAGGCUGCAGUUUGAAAAGGAAGGCCAGUGUGGAGAAGAGGGGCUUCUUAACUCUUUUUGUUCAUGUUGUUUUUCCUGGGGAGUCCCAAAGCUUUCCUCAGUGGAGAGUAAAGCAAUCUUCAGUGGAGAAAACAGCAUGAGGAGAAAGGGUUGUGCCCCCCAGCCCGCCUGCUUCAAAUUGUGUGAAAAAGAAGCAUGGAAUGAUCCACUGUGUGAAGUUCUGCCCUGAGUAUUGUGAGGUUCAAGGAAUUAGCCAUUUUAUUGUCAACCUAGUACAGCUCAAGACGACAGACUGAAAGGAAGGUACAAGAGCUAGGAAAGGAAAGGAGCUGAACUUGGAGUUCACCCGCCAUUUGCUAUGUUUAGCAUAACCUCUUGACCUGAUGUGUAGCUUCCCCAUUGAGUGGGAAUGGGAUAUGCAAAAUGUCUUGGAUGAUGUUAUUUUUUCCCUCUGGUUAUUCUUUGCCAUGCUGCAAUUUAAAAUGCAUGUCACAAACAUGUUUUUCACUCUUUCGCCCUCCUUGCUUCAAAAAGAAACCCAGGGACAUGAAAUACUAGUUUCUGAAUUCCCUUAGCAGCCUGCCUUUUGCCCUUUCCAGUUUGACUUUUCCCAGUCACCUUUGGCUGCAAAGGCUAUCACAAAAAUGAUCCUAAGAGAUUCUUGUGGCUGGAUUUAACGAGUUUUGUGUCUGUUCUUGAUUCUUCCUCUGUGGCUCUUUUCUCCUCAAAGUACAGUUUCUUGACUCUGUGCUCCAGAGAGUUUUCUUUUAACUUAAAAAGUUCACCUAGACACCUCUCCCUUUAAAUAUAUAUAUCUCCCACAUUUUCUGUUUUGGGGGUGGGUAGGCCUCAUGUGUCUGUUCUUGAGAUGCCUGCCCUUUCACAUUCUACUUCGCCAAGGUUAGGCCCCCCAAAUACAAAUUUGUGGACCAUCAAAUUUUGUUUUUUCCUGAAUGAUUUUUCCCUUCACUGGUCUUUAUUCAUAUUCUUUGGAAGGCCAAAUGCUUUCAUAAGCCUGCCUCUGUAAGUUUACUACCUCAUGCUUCAGUGUUUAAAUUGCUGCUGCUUUUGUCUUCCAGAAUCCUUUUCACAAACUUUGUCUGUGGUCCCAUAUCCACUGUCAACUUCACAAGACUCUCUUUUGAAUUCUUAAAAAUAUCUUUGGACUCUUACUGACUUGCACGUUUUCUAUUGUUACUUGAAGCCUCUAGAUCAAAGGUGCUAAGCUUAAUUUCCAAGCUGUUGUUUUGGAGUUGGAAUUCGCCUUGUAUAAGUAGUACUUAUGGAAGCAUAUCUGCCUAUCUUACUAUUCUUCCCACACCUCACAAAUUAACUCAGGAUGGAUUUAUUUAUUUAUUUAUUUAUUGGCAAGAAAUUGAGUUUCUCACUAGAAUUCCUCUCCUGUCUUGGCACUUGGUUUCUAAAGUUGCAAAGUGUAGCUGUCAAACGUAAAGUGCCCCUGCUCUCCAAAGAUAGUAACUUCAUAAAUUUGAGACAAAGCCACUAUAUAGACCUGAUGAGUAAGGCACGAGUGUCUGGAAAGGGGGACGUUUUCAUAUUCUUCAUCAGCUUUCCUCUUCCAGAUUUUUCUGUUAGUUUCUUGCCUGAUUGAUAUGAAACACACAACUCUCCAAUUCAAUCCAACAACUUAAAAAGAAGAAAACAGCAAGUUAUGGAGUAUCAAAACCAAAAAGGUCUGUGUGGCCACAUUUUACUUAGCAAGUAUGACAUUUGAAAACUCUGUACCCAUAUGUGAGUCACCCAGGUGUUUGUAGCAUUUCCAUACCAGUGAUGUGACAAAUGUUCAGCUGUAGAACACUACCACAAAUAUGCAAAGUGGUUGUUUUUUUAGACUUCCAUGUAAAGGUUUCGGUAUUUAAACCCUCAGUUACUGUGCGGCAGGUGGUGUUUGUUCCAUCACUGCGGCAAGAAAAUUACAUGUACUGAGCCUUUCCCUUGCUUUUCAACUUUUGUGAAGAGUUGGCAAACCUGCAAAUGCAGGUAUGUGUGGCUCUGAAGGUUGCAACUAUGUUAUUGGCAGGCAGAAUGGAGGUCUCAAAGCCGAACUUUUUCCUGCUGCAGACUUGCUGCCAUUGGGGGAAUUUUUGUGUAAAGAGAGAAAAUACCCAGAGAGAGAAAAUAAUUCCUAUAUUGCUUUGACAAUUUUUGUCUCAAUAUGAGUUCAAUAGUGCCUAUUUACACUUCCAUCAGUAAGAACUGCUAUGUGUCAAAACUCGUUACUCAUUCCAGGCAGCUCAAAGCAUACUCUGGGAGUGGUAGAAACAUAUUUUAAUUCUGUUUUCCCAGAAUUCCUGUUGGGGAUGAAGAUGCAGAGAAUUACAUUUCUAUUCAGCACUAGGAAUACACCAGUGCCUUGUUGAAGCUCUUCCUCAAAAUGGAUGUCAGAGGCCUACUUUAGUGGAGGAGUAAUGUGAAUAACUUGUCUCUUGAUGUAUACAAGCCCUUUUUAGAUGUCUCUGAAAAGAGCUAUUGCUCUUGGCUGUCAGAGGUGAAAGCCUGUCAUGAAAGAGAAAAAGGCUUAUCAUGUUUCUGGAUACCUGCUUUAUUAGCUUCACAACAAGGAAUAGGAUUAGUACACCUGAGACUCUGUCAGACUUGUAUUCGUUUAGAGUGAAAAGUAGUUUGAUCAGGUUGUGUACAAACAUAGCUAGUCUGUUUCUUCCCUUUUCUCUCAGAAGAUUGAAGCUUUCCCUCAGGAGAAGGGGGGGGGACCCUGAAAGCCGCUCCAGGCUCCUUUCGCAAUUAUGUUUGAUUUUCACUACUUCAGAGCAAAGUGCAGCUGUAUCCUAGUAUCAUCUCCUUGGUAAGAUCAGUUUUAGGCUGAGAAACAAACAACCAGAAAUACUUGGCCAACCUUUCUUGGCAUUGUUAGGAAUUUCUUCAGCUGACUGCUGUACUGAUACAUUCCCGGCUUCAGCGUUUAAAGCUUAGAUAAGUGAACCUGAACUACAUUACAAAUUGGUUUAAGUGGCCUGGUCUCCCCACUGAACCUUGGGAACUGUAGUUUGGUGACUUCAUAGUUCAAAGUGAACUUCAGUUCACAAGGUUCCUUGCUUAAAAACCAUAGCAGGCUCAAAAUUGAUUUAAAUUUGUAGUGCAGGUAUACUUUUAGCCCCAAUCACUGGGUUUGAUUCUUCUAUGCCUUUGCUUUCUGUGUCUAUUUUCCCUCUGAGACUGUUCCCAUUUGUAAAUAAAGGGGUAACGUUUGCAUUUUUUGUAUAAUGUAAAAUGUAAAAAAUAAUACAGUAAAAAUACCUAUUACACACCCUUUUUGUCAGGCAUUAGCUCUCUAGCUUUGCAACUCAACAGAUCAGAACGGAUAGAUAUAUGGCAUAUAAUACACACAAAAAUACUCUGAACUAAACCCCGGUUUAGUUGCAAGUACCCACCAGAGUACUUCGGACUGGAAGGAACAUGCAAGCUGUUUAAUCUGUCUUCCUGUUUUAUUUCUGAGAAGAAAUUGCUGCUACGAACCUAAAAAUGAAUGUACAGUUUAUUUAUUUAUUUUUGCUUGAUUGAUUUAGAUUUCUGUAUACAAAAGAGUUCAACCUCUAAGGCAAUAAAUAUAUUGAUGUAACAUA